GAAAGGCCUCUUCAGAUGGAAGUGUUUGUGCCCUGAGUGAACAGCGGUUGGCGCUAAUGCACUACUUACCGCGCUUUUCACAUAUAAACGUCAUCAGGCUGCGCCGCGCUCCUGCAUCUGCUGCUGUGAUCGCCUGAAGAAAGGGACGGAGCAAGAUGGCGUUGGUUAAAGAGGAGAGUGAAGACGUGGAGAUUGAAGAAACAUUCAACCAUGAAGAUCUGGAGGAACAAACAGAUCUGUUGUUACCAAAAAAGGAGAAUCAAGAUCUGAGUAAAUCGAAGAUUGAAAAUCUGGACAGAAAUCAUUUCAAAACUGGAAAGAGAUCUUUUAGAUGCCCACAACCCGAAAAGUCUUCCUCACAAACAACAAGCAAAUGUUACGAGUGUGAAAAAGUUUUCCAAUCUAGAAAAAAAUUCAAAGAGCACAUGCAAACGCACUUUACAGAUGGCUGUUUUCCAUGCCAGCUGUGUGGAAGGAGAUGCAUAAACUGGAGAGCGUUUAAGGAUCACAUGGUAGUUCACACUGUAGAAAAACCUUUCAGCUGCCAACAGUGUCCAAAGACCUUUGUUCGAAAGGAUAAACUCAAAAUCCACAUGACAGUUCACACCGGAGAGAAACCGUUCAGCUGCGAACAUUGUCCAAAGACUUUUGCUCGAAAAGAUAAUCUCAGAAGCCACAUGAAGGUUCACACUGAAGAGAAACCGUUCACAUGCCAAGAGUGCGGAAAAAGUUUCGCUCAAAAAGCAUACCUCAGAACGCACAUAAGAGUUCACACCGGAGAGAAGCCUUUCACCUGCCAAGAGUGUGGAAAGAGCUUCGUUCAACAAGGGGUCCUUAAAGCCCACAUGAAGACUCACACUGGAGAGAAGCCUUACAUUUGCCAUGAGUGCGGAAAGGUUUUUUCUCACUCUUUAAACCUUAAUACCCACAUGAGAGUUCACACCGGAGAGAAGCCUUUCGCCUGCCAAGAGUGUGGAAAGAGCUUCGUUCAACAGGGGCUCCUUAAAGUCCACAUGAGGACUCACACUGGAGAGAAGCCUUACACUUGCCAACAGUGCGGAAAGGUUUUUUCUCACUCUUUAAACCUCAACAUCCACAUGAGAGUUCACACCGGAGAAAAGCCUUUUACGUGUAAACCCUGUGGAAAGAGUUUCAGCCAAAUAGGGACCCUCAAGCUCCACAUGAGAACUCACACUGGAGAAAAACCCUUCAGCUGCCAGCAGUGCGGAAAGAGUUUCAGAGUAAAAAUGAACCUUAAAAAUCACAUGAAAGUUCACACCGGAGAAAAACUUUUCACCUGCCAGCAGUGCGGAGUGAGUUUCAGAGUUAAAAAGACCCUUUCUUCCCACAUGAGGGUUCAUGCAUCAGAGUGAGAAGAGUUUGACUUGUCAAAUAUGGAAUGACAUUUGCAAAUUCAUUCUUUCAGCAGCUGAGUGUGGUAAGAGGAUUAAAAGCGAGCUUUUUAGAGUGCCCUCACUAAUAUCUGUCCUUUUUACUACCCAUUGUAAGUAUCCAGUUGUGUUCUGUUGGAUUUCACUGUUAAAGAGUCCCAAGUAUAGGUGCAGUCCCAAGCGCGCACCUUCCGCUGGGGGAAUUCAAGUAUUGUCUUAUUGUGGUGGCACAAGUGGGACCAAGAACCAGUCAGAGAGAGCCCAUAUGAAGUCAACUUUUUAUAUAUGUAAGUGAAGUUUAUUUCCUUACUAAUUUUGAGAGGAUCAAGUGCUUAUGAUUGACCACAGCUGGUCCCACAUUAGCUAACACAUGAUUCACCAAUCGGAUGAUUCCUAAGUCACUAUAAAUAACCAAAGUUUCUUACCUCUGUUAUCUUUGUCUUAAAGAACCCACCCUUUUCUAGAUGGGCGACACGGCGGCCCAGUGAUUAGCACUGUUGCCUUAAAGCAAGAACGUCGCUUGUUCUCCCUGUGCUUACGUGGGUUCCCUGGUUUCCUCCCACAGUCCAAAAACAUGCGACAUAAGUGAACAUACCAAAGUGGCACCAUAGUCGAGCUCUUGUGCUGUUCACACCAGACGCAGUACACGUGGAUAAAUUGCGCAAUUCACUGAACAAUAGAUGCGGAUUUGCGUGAUGGGCAGGGCUUCUGUCUGCCCGGUGACUGUAGCUUCAUUGCUAAAUGGCUAACAUGGAUUCAUUGAGAAAAUAACAGUGUUUAUGUGGUUUAGGAAGGCUGAAAAACAGCGUCAAUCCAUUUGGAGCCGUGUCUGAGUCCAUUGGAACCUUUCAGAGGUGCACCCAGCUCUGUGAGCUCAUAAACUCCUCCAGAAACUCAACCUGGACGAAGGAAACUUUUAGCGGUGCCUCCGACUGAGCCGAGCCCAGUUUGAUCAACUGUUGUCUGGUGUCGGCAAGAGCAUUUCCCCCCGGGACGCCAUAAGCACACCCCUACAAGAGAAAGUCCACUGAAGUUCAGUUUUUCAAACUUUUGCUAUUCGCACGAAACUCUAAAACUAGUGCCGCUCCAUUUGCACCACCUCGUUCACACAUUUUGCAUCGCAGGAUGUCUAUUUGGGUCUCGUGCUUGACACUUCUUUCACGUCUGGUGUAAAUGCAGCAUUAGUAAGCCGUAUAUCUCUCUAUAGCCAUCCCUAUAUUAGCCAGAAAUAAGUCAAGGGGUUCAUCAAGAUCUACAUGAGCUCAAGGUAGAUCAGGGCUCUCUCCUGGGACAGCAUGAAAAGUUUAAUAUUUCUUGUAUUUUGUAAAAUGUUUAGUUUGUUUCUGUUCUUGCAUAAAACUGUUUGAUACUAGUGUACGGCAGAGGUAAAAAAAAACUUCAAUUAUGAAGCUAUCAAAUUAAGACGCUGUUUUAGGAAUUAAUUUCUCUUGGCUUAUAGCCAUUGUUAGCUAUAGAUGUUUUCAUAGCUUGACUGAAGUGUAUAAUUGAGUUUUCCUUCGAAAUAAUCUUAAUCUAAAACAUUCUAUAUGGUUCUAUAUAAUCUAAAACUCAAUAUGGUUGUCAAAAUACAUUUUCAUGAUGACUCGGACUGACUAAUGUACUGAGAAUAUGUCCUCCAUUUGUACUAUGUCACAGUAGUGUGUAGUCGAGACGCAAGUGUGAGUAAUUAAAAUGCUCCAACUGCCUAAU